AUACUCCACGUCAAUCGAGUUGGAGAGAAAAUUGGCAUUUUGCCUCGAGUUUUGUGCGGCGUCGAGCUGAAUGUUAUAGAAAAGUGAAUGGCCUACAAACCACUCAGAUAGUAUCUGCUGUAUUAUCAAGUUAAAUAUUUAAAUUUAAUUUAGAUAUCAAUAUGAAGUUUUUAUAUUUGACAUUCCUGGUGCUCCCGGCAGCUUUGCUGUGCUUGCAAGGAAACACAAUCUUCGCACGGGCAGAGGAAGACGAGCUUGACGAUGUGGUAGACAUUGAAGGCGAAGACAACCAGGUGGUUGGUGAUGAUAUCAGUGAUGAUGAUGACUCUAUCGUUAAGUCCUCGCAGGAUAUUGACACCACGAUUCUGUUCACCAAGCCUGUGCCUAACUACGGAGAUAAUGCUUUUGAUCUGCAAGCUGGUUACCCUGUGGAAUUCCUCGUUGGUUUCAUCAACAAAGGUUCCGAGGACUACAUAGUGGAAUCAAUGGAGGCUUCUUUCCGUUACCCCAUGGAUUACACUUACUACAUUCAGAACUUCACCGCAUUGCCUUACCACCGUGAAGUGAAGCCGAGACAGGAAGCCACCUUUGCAUACUCAUUCAUUCCGAACGAAGCGUUUGCGGGCAGACCCUUUGGUUUGAAUGUACAGUUGAACUACAGGGAUGCCAGUGGAAACUUCUAUCAGGACGCCGUCUACAACCAAACAGUGAACAUCGUAGAGGUGUCCGAAGGUCUCGACGGUGAGACGUUCUUCCUGUACGUGUUCCUCGGUGCCGCCUGCGUGCUGGCGCUGGUGCUUGGCCAGCAAGGUCUGUCGUCGCUGGCCCGCCGCAGGGCACCGAGGUCAGCGCCCAAACCGUUGGAGACUGGAACUGCAAACGGUGUGGACUACGAUUGGCUGCCGAGAGAAGUCGUUAACCAACUCAAAAAAUCACCCAAGUCUCCUAAACAGUCACCACGCGCAAGAAAAGCCAAAAGAUCAGCGGGCGACGAUUAAUCUAGUGCUUCGUAGCAUAUUGUGAACACCAAAUGUUGCGCAAACUGCGAUUGAGUGUGUGCGAAGCGACAAAAAUAAGAAUAGACCAUCCCCUUGACCUCUGUAAUGUACUCUAGACUUCAUAUAAGCGUUAGAAAAAUUUACUCCUAUUAGAUAUUUUGGCGCUAACAUGUUGAAUGUUAUUUCUCUUACUUCUUCGAGAGCUCAUUUAGAACAUAAUAAAAUAAAAACAAAUAGGUAAAUUCACACAAAAUUUAAAACUUAUUACGAUUGCCAUUUGCAAAAAUUUGCAUUUUACAUUACCCAGUACACUCUGUAGAGGCGCUUCAAAUGGCCAAAAUUAUGCUGUCAUUAUGUAUAGACUAUUUGGUCCAGCAUACUUGUAUUAUUUACAUCUGUGACCAUUCCUCAUCUCAUAAACGAAAUAGUUUGAUAAUUCUGCUAGCCUUAUUUCGCAAUAGAUGUUCAAUUUAUGUUUAAGAAGGUCUAUUGUUAUUUUAGUCAGCGAUGAACAGACUGUUCUAGAAUAAGUGUGUGGUGAGAGUAAACUAUGGAACAAACAGUGCUGAGAGCUUUGUAACAAUGUGUGAAAGACAUUAAUUUAAUAAACAUGUUACAUUUUUA